GUACGCCUACAUAAAGCAGUGCGCGGUGCGCCCGGCGGUGAGCAGCAUGAGUCUCCACGGGAAAGUGGCUCUGGUCACCGGCGGCGCGCAAGGCAUCGGAAGAGCCGUGGUGGAAGAUCUCCUGGGGAAUGGGGCGAAGGUUGCACUGGUAGACCUGAACCAGUCUGUGGGAGAGGAAUGUAAAAGUGAUCUAGAUGGCCAGUUUGGAGAGGAUAACUGUGUUUUUAUCCAGUGUGACGUAACGGACGGAGGGAAACUUAAAGAUGCCUUUCAAAACACAGUAGAGAGGUUUGGACGGCUGGAUAUUGUCAUCAAUAAUGCUGGAAUCAACAAUGAGAAGAACUGGGAAAAGACCAUUGAAGUAAAUUUGACAUCCGUCAUAAAGGGGACAUAUUUAGCACUAGAACACAUGAGUAAAGAGUAUGGAAAGGAAGGAGGGGUUAUCAUCAACGUCUCAUCUAUGGCAGCAUUUCUCCAUUCUCCUUACCAGCCAGUGUACACAGCAACAAAGCAUGGGGUGAUUGGAUUUUCCCGAGCUAUAGCAGACGCAUCAGAACAGGGCAAUUAUGGAGUGAGGAUCAACACGCUAUGCCCGGCCUUCGUGGACACCCAACUACUUCAGAGUGUGGAGCAUGAAGAAACAAUGGGCAAGUUUGUCAAGUACAAAGAUGAAUUCAAGCAAAGGAUGGACAAGUAUGGUGUUCUUAAACCAUCUCUGAUUGCAGAAGGAAUGCUGCGAAUCAUAACAGAUGAAAGCCUAAACGGAGCCGUGAUGAAGAUCACCUGUUCUAAAGGCAUUCACUUCCACACCUAUGAGCCUCUUUCAGCUUGAGAGUGAUGUUUGUCCUUUUUAGUCUCCUCUCCAUUCCUCACCAGAACAUUUAUUUUAUUGAAGUCCAGUGCAGACGUGGUUGAAUGUCACACACCUUGCGGUAUAGUCCAGUUAAGAAAUAAAUAAGAAAGGGGUAACACUUUAGUAUAGGGAACACAUAUAAACUAUUAACUACGACUUUUCCCUCAAUAAACUCCUAAUUUACUGCUUAUUAAUAGUUAGUAAAUUAGUUGUUAAGUUUAGGUAUUGGGUAGAAUAAAGAAUGUAGAAUAAGGUCAUGCAGAAUAAGGCAUUAAUAUGUGCUUAAUAAACAGCCAAUAUUUUAGUAAUAUGCAUUCCAAUAAUCAACUAGUUAAAAGACCCUAAAAUAAAGUGUUACCAAUGAACGGUAUAGAUUUUGUUUCCUGUUUAUCAUUUAUCAGUUUUGUAAAGGAUUGCAUACUGGUGAGCAGGCCUCUUUCAUCACGUUUCCUUUUUUGUAAUGCCCUUGAACAUUAAGUUGUACAUAACUGCUUUAACUGUGAGUAAUUGCUUUUGAGAAAAAAAGGGGGAAAAAAAAUAAAUAAAAAUAUUUAUUAAUAAUA